AGUGUUGUUUACGUCGAGAAGCAGACAAGCGGCGGCGGCUGAGGCUUCGUCCUUUAUAUUUAGUUUUUCUCCGCCUUGCUGAAGGUUUUUAAACAUGCCCAAGUACUACUGUGACUACUGCGACACAUACCUCACACAUGACUCGCCAUCUGUGCGAAAAACACAUUGCCAGGGGCGAAAACACAAAGAAAACGUAAAGAUUUAUUAUCAGAAAUGGAUGGAAGAGCAGGCACAGAAUCUCAUUGAUGCAACAACUGCGGCAUUCAAGGCAGGAAAGAUCCCCAAGGGAGCAGCCAUUCCUCCUCCAAACAACAUGCAAGCUGGUGGUGGACCAGCUGGGCCAGGUGGGCCUGGAGGUCCUGGUGGUCCAGGAGGGCCAGGUGGGCCACAGAACAUGGGUGGCCCAGGUGGCCCACCCAGAGGUCCUGGCAUGGGCAACAUGGGUCCUCCAGGCAUGACAGGAGGAAAUAUGCCAGGGAAUAUGGGAAUGCCACCCAUGGGGCCAAGAGGACCAAUGAUGGGUCCUCCCAUGAUGGGACCCCCUGGGCCUGGCAUGCCCCCAGGAAUGAUGCCAGGCAUGCGUCCCCCAAUGGGCCCCAUGGGACCAAUGAUGAUGGGUCCAGGGGGCAUGCGACCUCCUAUGAUGGCAGGGCCUCCGCAGAUAAGACAAUAACAAGAGUAGGCCCAAUGGUCACUUGCCUUUGGGUGCUGUCUAUAUUAGCUCUUGAAUGUAAACUUUAUGCCGUUCCCUGUUUAUACCCUGUUUUGUAGCAGACGAGGUCAUGUCAAGAGGGAAACCUGUUAUCUUGCAGUACAAAGUGUCACAAGAGUUUUCCACGAGUUUGAGAAUGUGUGACCUUGGAUAUUUUUUAAUAUGUUGUGGAUAAAAGGACCUAUCAUUAUCAUGGUAGUUCUGUGAUUUUUUUUUUUCUUUCUUUCUUGUGCUUGUCGUCAAAUGUACUUUUUUUUAUGAUGGCAGGAAAUUUCCCACCGUGUGGGUAAAAAAUAAAGUGAAGCCUUUCCAUUGGGAUGAAAAGAUAUUUCCAAAUUAUAUCAUAGCUAAAAUGUUUGAUUUUGAGUGUUCUGGAAGUUGCUGUAUGAAUUUACCUGAGCAAAAUCAUGGAUGGUCGUUAAUGACUUCGUGCAUUUUCUGUUGACGAUGAUGUAACAGAUGUCACUUAUUCACCAAUUUUUUAUUAAAUAUAAUUAUCA